AUGUGUUGCACGGAUGAGAGGAAUUCAGACUCCUUCCCUUUGGAGAGUGAGCCCUGGAUGCCACCACCCUCUCACACUCACCGCCACGCGCUCUCACCGCCACGCGCUCUCACCGACACGCCGACAUGCGCUCUCUCCACCACGCACUCUCACCUCCACGCCGCCACGCGCUCUCACCGCCACGCACUCUCACCGACACGCACUCUCACCACCAAGCACUCUCACCAACACGCACACUCACCGCCACGCACUCUCACCACCACGCCGACACGCGCUCUCACCGCCACGCACUCUCUCACCGCCACGCUUUCUCACCGACACGCUAACACGCACUCUCACCGCCACGCACUCUCACCGCUACACGCUCUCACAGACACGCGCUCUCACCAACUAGCGCUCUCACUGCCAUGCGCUCUCACCGACACGCGCUCUCACCGACACGUACACUCACCGACACGUACACUCACCGACACGCACACUCACCGACACGCACACUCACCGACACGCGCUCUCACCGACACAUACACCCACCGACACGUACACUCACCGACACGCACACUCACCGACACGCACACUCACCGACACGCGCUCUCACCGACACGUACACUCACCGACACGUACACUCACCGACACGCGCUCUCACCGGCACUCUCACCGCCUCGCGCUCUCACCGACACGAGCUCUCACCGACACGCGCUCUCACCGCCACGUACACUCACCGACAGGCACACUCACCGACACGCACACUCACCGACACACACUCUCACCGCCAGGCACUCUCACCGCCACCGCUCUCACUGCCAUGCGCUCUCAACAACACGCACACUCACCGACACGCACACUCACCGACCGGCACACUCACCGACACGCGCUCUCACCGACACGUACACUCACCGACACGCACACUCACCGACACGCACACUCACCGACACGCGCUCUCACCGCCACGCACACUCACCGACACGCACACUCACCGACACGCACACUAACCGACACGCGCUCUCACCGCCACGUGCACGCACCGCCACGCGCUCUCACCGCCACGUGCUCUCACCGCCACGCACACUCACCGACACGCACACUCACCGACACUUGCUCUCACCGCCACGCACACUCACCGACACGCACACUCACCGACACUUGCUCUCACUGACACGCGCUCCAACCGCCACUUGCACGCACCGCCACGCGCUCUCACCGCCACGUGCUCUCACCGCCACGCGCUCUCACCGACACGCACACUCACCGACACGCGCUCUCACCGACACACACACACCGCCACGCGCUCUCACCGCCACGUGCUCUCACCGCCACGAAAAAUCACCGCCACGCGCUCUCACCGCCACGCACUCUCACCGACACGCGCUCACCGACACGCGCUCUCACCGACACGCGCUCUCACCGACACGCCUCUCACGUGCACUCACCGACACGCACUCUCACCGCCACGCGCUCACCGCCACGCGCUCUCACCGACACGCACUCUCACCGCCACGCACUCUCACCGCCACGAAAAAUCACCGCCACACGCUCUCACCACCACGCGCUCUCACGCCACGCUCUCACCGCCACGCACACUUACUGACACGCACACUCACCGAACUUGCCCUCAACACGCGCUCUCACCGCCACGCGCUCUCACCGCCACGCACUCACCGACACGCACUCACCGCCACGCUCUCACCGCCACGCACACUCACCGCCACGCACACUCACCGACACGCACACUCACCGACACUUGCCCUCACUGACACGCGCUCUCACCGCCACCGACACAUGCACGCACCUCACCGACACGCACACCCACCGACACGUCACCACCGCGCUCUCACCGCCACGUACACUCACCGACACGCACACUCACCGACACGCACACUCACCGACACUCACCGACACACACUCUCACCACCAGGCACUCUCACCGCCACGUACACUCACCGACACGCACACUCACCGACACGCGCUCUCACCGCCACGAGCACUCUCACCGACACGCACUCUCACCGACACACACUCUCACCGCCAGGCACUCUCACCGCCACGUACACUCACUGA